GCCGCCGCAGAGCACCGAGGCGCGGCGGGCAGAGCGGCGGCGGCAUGGCGGCGGCGGCGGAGGAGGCCAGCCUGCUGGCGUGGCUGCUGGGCGGCGCGGCGGCGCCCGGCGGCGCCGAGCUCUCCGUGUACCUGGCGGAGCUGGCGGCGCUGGGGCUGGCGGCGCUGGGCCGCGAGCCGGCGCGGCUGGCGGCGGAGCGGGCGCGGGUCGGGGCGCAGACGCGCCGCCUCGCCUUCGAGCACUACCGCGCCUUCAUCCGCUCCGCCGAGUGCACCGGCCGCGCCGGCCACGGCUUCGGCGGCAUCGAGCGCCGCCUGGGCAGCCUGCUCGCCCGGCUGCCUGCCCUCCAGGAGGCCUGCCGGAACUUCAUGCGAGACGCCGAGGAGAUCGCCUGCAGCCGGCGCAUGAACAGCCUGACGCUGAACCGGCACACGGAGAUCCUGGAGAUCCUGGAGAUCCCGCAGCUCAUGGACACCUGCGUCCGCAACGGCUACUACGAGGAGGCGCUGGAGCUCGCUGCCUACGUGCGCCGGCUGGAGAGGAAGCACAGUGCCAUCCCCGUGAUCCAGGGUAUCGUGGACGAAGUCCGCCAGUCCACCCAGCUGAUGCUGAACCAGCUCAUCCAGCAGCUACGCAGCAACAUCCAGCUGCCGGCCUGCCUGCGGGUCAUUGGCUACCUGCGGCGCAUGGACGUCUUCACGGAGGCCGAGCUGCGCAUCAAGUUCCUGCAGGCGCGGGACGCCUGGCUGCGCUCCAUCCAGGCCUCCAUCCCAGAUGACGACCCCUAUUUCCACAUCACCAAGACUAUCGAGGCCUGCCGUGUCCAUCUCUUUGACAUCAUCACGCAGUAUCGCGCCAUCUUCUCUGACGAGGAGCCGCUCCUGCCCCCCGACGAGCCAGCCCUCAAUGAGGGGGCCAUCUUCCAUGGCUGGGUGCUGCAGAAGGUCUCCGAGUUCCUGCAGGUGCUGGAGGGCGACCUCCAGCGUGGGGUGGGCGGCCGCCUGGAUUCGCUGCUGGGACAGUGCAUGUACUUCGGACUCUCCUUCAGCAGGGUGGGCGCUGACUUCCGCGGGCAGCUGGCCCCCAUCUUCCAGCGCGUCACUAUUGGCGCCUUCAGGAAGGCAGUUGAGGAGGCUGUGGAGAAAUUCCAGGAGGAGAUGAAUUCCUACACGCUCAUCUCUGCCCCAGCCGUGCUGGGCAGCACCGUUGCAGCGGUGGUGCCGACAGCCCAGCCAGGGACCCUGCAGCCGCCCAUGGUGCUGCUGGACUUCCCGCCCCUUGCCUGCUUCCUGAACAACCUCCUUGUCGCCUUCAAUGACUUGCGGCUCUGCUGCCCUGUGGCCCUGGCCCAGGAUGUCACCACCUGCCUGGAGGAUGCUCUUGGCCAGGUGACCAAAAUAAUCCUGGCCUUUCAUCGGGCAGAAGAGGCAGCUUUCAGCGGGCGCGAGCAGGAGCUCUUUGUCCAGUUCUGCACCGUGUUCCUGGAAGAUCUGCUCCCCUACCUUAACCGCUGCCUCCAGGUCCUCUUUCCUCCAGCCCAGAUAGCACAGGCGCUGGGCGUCCCCGCCACCCAGCUGCAGCGGUUCUGCAGGCUGGGCUGCCUCGACACCGGGGCUGUCGGGGAGCCCCUGGCCUUCAUCCUGCCGGCACGAGAGGCGGAUCUGGUGCCGGGUGAGGAGCCAGCGCAGGAGAGCCCCUCGCCGGCCGCCCUGCCGCACGCACAGGAGGAGGAUGCGUCCGGUCAGCCCCUUGCCGUGCUGGCGGAGCAGAGCCCUGCGGAGCCCGUGGACGUGAGCUAGCUGCAGGCUCUCCUGCGCCAGGGACACGCGAGCCGGGUGGGCCACAGCACGCUGGACUCCGAGGCAGCCGGGGGGAUGAGCUGGGUGAGGGGAGCAGCUUAGCACGGCUGCCGGUGCUAAAGUCUGCUGUAGCGGGGCUGAACAGGGGCCGUUUCCCUCCGUGCCGGCUUGUCUUGUUAGCUCCUUCCGCUGGGAAGGGCUGGACACUACGUAAUAAAGCUCCUCUGCGUCUGCCA